UAUCGCUUCUGAGAGGCGGAGCUCGCUGACAGCUGAUUGGUUGCUUUCUAACGUCACUGCAAAAUUUGCUCUGAUUGGUCUUUGACAUAUCGAAGGCGGAAGUAAACGCCAAUAAGUCAAAAUGGGUACUCGCGUGAAGGUCUUACGCGUGUUCAAGUCUUUGCACAGAACGAGGAUGGCUGUGUUCAAAGAUGACGAGAGAGCACUGACAGCUGCAAAGUCAAAAAUCAACGAGGAGUUCUGUAAAAAUAAACAUGAAUCGUCAGAAGAAAACAUUGAGAAGAUGAUCCAAAUGGCCUCAGAUGUGGAAACAGUCCUACGCCAGGGCGUCCUUCAAAUGGAGCACGUUGACAACGGAAGACUCUUGCUUCGACCCAGAGAGGAUCUUCUAUUAGAAAAUGUUCCCUAUUGUGACCAGCCCAGAAAAAAGUCAUGACAGGACAACUGAUAA